GCGCCGGAAGCGAAGGGAAGAGAGCGGCGCUCCAUGCAGACCGCGAGCGCGCGCGUGGCUAUAGCAGGUCGGGAGCCCCCGGCUGCUCCGGCUGCUCCUCCCGCGUUGCCAUGGCCGGCAUCCUCUUCGAGGACAUCUUCGACGUGAAGGACAUCGACCCCGAGGGCAAGAAGUUCGACAGGGGUGAGAGGCAGGCGCUCGUUUUCCAACCUCGGGGGCCACAGUGGUCCUUUUCCUGCGGGGGGUGGGAUGGAUGACCUUUGGAGGGUCCCCUCUUUCAUUCUUCCCGUGGUCCUAUCCUUCCCCGUUUCUGUCUGCCCACCCUGCUCCUGGACACGGAACCUCAUCCUUGCUUCCCUGCCCGCCUGCCUGUAGGCUGGUCGAUUUAUACUGUGUUAGUUUUAUGAUGUUAGCCUCCCUGAGCCCGGGGAGGGCGGGGUACAAAUAAAAAAUAAUUAUUGUUAUUAUUAUCUACAGUAAGCCCACAGCUUAAGCAAUGUGUGUGUGAUGGAUCGCACCCAAAGCCAAAGGCAUUUAUAGUCGAAACCCAAUGGGUGCAAUGGCGGGUAGGAUUGCUCCCCCUUUAAAAAAUUUUUUGCCUUGGGCGCAGCUGAACACACACAAGUUAAAUGUACCUAAGUUGCAGGCUUCCUGCAUUUACAUGUGCAGUGUACCCUUUCUUUUUCUCCUCCAAGGCUCUUGAGGUGGAGUGUUCUUGAUUUCUUUCUCUCCCUUCCCCUCAUCCCCCAGUUCCCCCCUCCCAUUUUACUCUUGCAAACUACCCUGUGAGGCGAGUUUGGUGGGUUGUGAUAACGGCUCUGAGCUUUAUGGUUGACGGGGAAUUCAAAUCUGAAUCUCUCCACACACCACCCAGCAUCCUAUUUAUUUAUUUCUAUUGAAUGGAGAAGGCCCUCUCCGCCUUAGGGUCAAACUUCUUUUCAGGCGUUUUUGGAAUUGGUUUUAAAAAACUGUUUUAACUGUUUGCAAAUCUCCCUGAGACACAUAGAAAUGGUGCUUUGUAGAUACGUCAUAUAUUGAAUACAAUCUCAAAGCAGUUUGGAAAUAAAAACCAUUUCCUAUGUGUAUAUAAACAGUUUAAAAUCCAGUGCAGCUACAUACUAGUCCAACACUCUUUAUUUUAUUUUUUAAAAAUGAUAUUUAUUAAAGUUUCAAAGAAAAAAUUACAUAGCUAAAAAGAAAAAGAAAUAAAAAAGGAAAAAAUACAAAAUACAGAAAAAAGAUAGAAAACACUUAAAAAAAAAAACACACAUCGAUCUUUCCAUAACUUACAUUUCAUUUCCUUACUUCCCUGACUUCCUCACACCUCCCUUUUUUGUAUUCCAGUUCUAUUAGUUAAUUCAGCAAUUCCUUUCCCUCUUUGUUUUUAUCUUAAUCCUUUAACUUAACAUAUUAUAACUUUAGAUUCUCAUCUGUUAACAAUCCAUUUGUACAUACACCUUUAUAACAUUGCUGCUAAAACCACUUAAUUUCAUUCUGACAUCAUUCUAACAUUCAUUAAUUUUGCAAUAUUUCUGUAAAUAGUCUUUAAAUUUCUUCCAAUCUUCUUCCACCGACUCUUCUCCCUGGUCUCGGAUUCUGCCAGUCAUUUCCGCCAGUUCCAUAUAGUCCAUCACCUUCAUCUGCCAUUCUUCCAGAGUGGGUAAAUCUUGUGUCUUCCAAUACUUUGCAAUAAGUAUUCUUGCUGCUGUUGUGGCAUACAUAAAGAAAAUUCUGUCCUUCUUUGGCACCAGUUGGCCGACCACGCCCAGGAGAAAAGCCUCUGGUUUCUUCAAGAAGGUAUAUUUAUAUACCUUUUUCAUUUCAUUAUAGAUCAUCUCCCAGAAAGCCUUAAUCCUUGGGCAGGUCCACCAAAGGUGAAAGAAUGUACCUUCAGUCUCUUUACAUUUCCAACAUUUAUUAUCGGGCAAGUGAUAGAUUUUUGCAAGCUUGACUGGUGUCAUGUACCACCUGUAUAUCAUUUUCAUAAUAUUCUCUCUUAAGGCAUUACAUGCCGUAAACUUCAUACCUGUGGUCCAUAACUGUUCCCAGUCAGCCAUCAUUAUGUUAUGUCCAACAUCUUGUGCCCACUUAAUCAUAGCAGAUUUAACCGUUUCAUCCUGAGUAUUCCAUUUCAACAGCAAGUUAUACAUCUUUGACAAAGUCUUAGUUUUGGGUUCUAACAGUUCUGUUUCUAAUUUUGAUUUUUCCACCUGGAAGCCUAUUUUCUUAUCCAAAUUGUAUGCCUCCAUUAUCUGAUAAUAAUGAAGCCAAUCUCACACUUUGUUUUUUAGUUUCUCAAAGCUCUGCAAUUUCAGUCUAUCUCCCUCUUGUUCCAGAAUUUCCCAAUAUUUCGGCCAUUUGGCCUCCAUAUUGAGCUUUUUCAGAGCUUUCGCUUCCAUCGGUGACAGCCACCUUGGGGUUUUAUUUUCCAGUAGGUCUUUAUAUCUUAUCCAGACAUUAAACAAUGCUUUCCUGACAAUAUGAUUUUUAAAUGCUUUUUGUGCUCUGACCUUAUCAUACCACAAAUAUGCAUGCCAUCCAAAUACAUUAUUAAAACCUUCUAAGUCCAAAAUGUCUGUGUUUUCAAGAAGCAGCCAUUCUUUCAGCCAGCAAAAAGCUGCUGAUUCAUAAUAAAGUUUAAGGUCUGGCAGGGCAAAUCCACCUCUUUCCUUUGCAUCCGUUAGUAUUUUAAAUUUUAUUCUAGGCUUCUUGCCCUGCCAGACAAAUCUAGAGAUAUCUCUCUGCCACCUCUUGAAGCAAUCCAUUUUGUCCAAAAUUUGCAAUGUUUGAAAGAGAAAUAACAUUCUAGGCAAUACAUUCAUUUUUAUCGCAGCAAUACGGCCUAGCAGUGAAAGCUUCAAAUUUGACCAAAUUUCGAAGUCUUUUUUCACUUCAGCCCAGCAUUUUUCAUAAUUGUCUUUAAAUAGAUUCCCAUUUUUUGCUGUCAUGUUAAUCCCCAGGUAUUUCACUUUCUUAACCACUGUUAAACCUGUCUCAUUCUGAAACCUCUCUUUCUCAAUCACAGUUAAGUUUUUCUCUAAGACCUUUGUUUUUAACUUAUUCAAUUUAAAUCCUGCAACCUGACCAAAUUCUUGAAUCAGUUCCAAAACCCUUUUAGUACUAGAUUCUGGCUCCUGCAAUGUCAAUACUAAGUCAUCUGCAAAUGCUCUCAAUUUGUACUGUUUAGCUCCGACUUGUAUACCUUUAACCAAUUGGUCCCUUCUAAUCAUGUUCAGCAGGACCUCCAGGACCAAUAUAAAUAGCAAUGGGGAGAUUGGGCAACCUUGUCGUGUCCCUUCUUCUAUCUUAAAUUCCUCUGUCACCACGUUAUUUACAAUUAAUUUAGCCUUUUGUUCUGAAUAAAUUGCACUUAUACCGUUUUCAAAGCCUUGGCCUACCCCCAUCCCCUGUAGGUUCUUCUUCAUGAAACUCCAAGAAAUAUUGUCAAAGGCUUUCUCCGUGUCCACAAAUAUCAAAACUGCCUUGGUAUUUAUAUUCACUUGUAGUUUUUCUAAAAUAUUGAUUAUGUUUCUCACAUUGUCAGACAAAUGUCUACCCAGGAGAAAGCCUGCUUGAUCUUUAUGUAUCUCUUCCAUUAGGACUCUUUUUAGUCUUUUAGCCAAAAUGUCUGCAAAGAUUUUGUAAUCCACAUUGAGCAGUGAUAUGGGGCGGUAGUUCUUAAGCUGGGUCUUUUCAGUCUCUAUUUUCGGUACAAGUGUAAUAUACGCUUCUUUCCACGACUCUGGUGCCCUUUUCCCACCCAUUAUUUCGUUACAGACUUCCUUUAAAGGUUGUACUAGCCAUUCCUUCAAGGAUCUGUAGUAUCUAGAAGUCAGUCCAUCCGGUCCUGGAGAUUUACCUAGUUGCAUAUUCUGAAUGGCACCUUCUACCUCCUGUUCAGUUAUUUUAUAGUUCAGCAUUAAUUUAUUUUCUUGAGAGAUUCUUGAGAGAUAUGAUAGCCAUGUUCAAAUAUAUAAAAGGAUGUCACAUAGAGGAGGGAGAAAGGUUGUUUUCUGCUGCUCCAGAGAAGCGGACACGGAGCAAUGGAUCCAAACUACAAGAAAGAAGAUUCCACCUAAACAUUAGGAAGAACUUCCUGACAGUAAGAGCUGUUCGACAGUGGAAUUUGCUGCCAAGGAGUGUGGUAGAGUCUCCUUCUUUGGAGGUCUUUAAGCAGAGGCUUGACAACCAUAUGUCAGGAGUGCUCUGAUGGUGUUUCCUGCUUGGCAGGGGGUUGGACUCGAUGGCCCUUGUGGUUUCUUCCAACGCUAUGAUUCUAUGAUUCUCUCUGCCUCUACAAAACUGAGUCUGGAGUGACUUGGCAUUCCAGCAGAAGUGGAGAAGCUCUGCCUUCUAUGCCUCUAUCCCCUAAUUAUUUGACAGCCAGAUUUGUCUCCCUCCAGUCUCCCGACUGCAUUGUGAGAGCGAGUCUUUCAAGAUGGAUUUGAUCCUGGAUGUGAACAUACAGAUCUACCCUGUCGAUCUUGGUAAGUGAGUGCAGUCAGGGGGCUUGCCUGGCAGUGUUUCUCUGACCCAGAGCUAGUUAAAACUUUUUUAGCACAUGGAUCAUUUUCCCUGCACACCCACCCAUCCCAACAUUACAUGCCAGCAGUGAAUGUGUCCAUAGCAAAAGCAGGCAUGACCAUCCCGUAAUCACAAACACGCAUCACACUUACACAUUCCCAUUGCACACUUGCCACAUGCAUAGAUUUCCCCCUCGCCCAUUGUUUGAAUGCACCCAUAUGUCUUGAAACACAUGACAUUUUUUUCCUGGAAAUACAGCUGCCAAAUGCGUGAUGUAUGAAGCUAGACCAGGCAUGUCCAAAGUCCAUUUUGGGGGCCUAAUCCGGCCCGCUGGUUGGUUUAAUCCGGCCCCUGUGGCAGUUUAUUUCCUGGGGUAAAAUCCUAAAAAAAAACUCAACAAUUUCAAUCCUGAAAGAAAGCUCAACAACUUCAAUCCUAAAAAAAGGUCAGCAAUUUUGGUCGGCCAUCACGGCCCUUCACUUCAUCAAAUCUGGCCCUCUUUGAAAAAAGUUUAGACACCACUGAGCUAGACAAAUGCAUUGCGACAUUAAUCUCACAAACAUUAGCUGUAGUGAAAAGACUCCUCGCUGUCUUAUUUUUGUUUUCCCGUUCAUUUCAGGUGACAAAUUCCGCCUUGUGAUCGCCAGCACCUUGUAUGAAGACGGGACCUUGGAUGAUGGAGAAUAUAACCCAACUGAUGACAGGCCAUCCAGGUAAUGGGGGUCCAGAGGAUGGCAAACAGAGAACUAGCCAAGGAGAGGGCUUCACAAAUCAGUCCUGUGGUUGUGUGCCCUUCCUUUCAGCCUUCUGUAAGGUCGAAAACUAGCUUCUUUUUGUAGUUCCUCCGAAACCUACACUAGAUGGUAUCUGUCUGGCUCGAGAGACAAUGAAGUGUGCCUCCCAGGGUGAAGUCAAACCACUGUGUUAGCAGCACAAAAGUGUCUUCUCCAGGGCAAAAGCAUGGGCAGUGUAGAGACCCAAAGUGUGUCCUUACUUGAAGUGUAAACACAAUGGUUCUACUGCCUAAUCCAUGGGUUGGGGAGCUGAAGCCCAGGGGCUAAAUGUGGCCAGCCAGGUCUCUCUGUCUGAUUCUUGGAGCUCUCUCCUGGCUGUACCCCUCUCUGGCUCUGCUUUGCACCACAGGUAUUUCUGCCUCUGUGGAAUGUCUCUUUGAACUCUAAUGAUGCCCUUUGCCAGUCUGGAUGGAGGAUUGAGAGACAGAGAGAAAGAUUUGCAUGCCUUGCUCCACCCACUUCUUCCUCUGGCCCCUCAUAGGUUGCACAGGAUGAAGUGCAAGCCCUUGAGCUGAAUUAGGUUCCCCACCCCUAUUUUCAUCCUCUGCAGUUUGCUCCUGAUGCACAGGGCAUCUGUCUGUCUGCUUGGCACUCCCUAAGCCACUCCUCUCAUGAGCUCCCUCUUCAGUUCUUCCUGCUCCUCUUAAGUCCUCCUGGGCUGGGCCAGAGAGGAAAGAGCUAUAAAAGGGGUGCUGUUUGCUGCAGAUGUGCUGCACAAUAUUUUGUUUGCCUUUGUUACCCUGUAUGUAUUUUACAUUUAUUUCCUGCCUUUCCUCCAAGGAAUUCAAAGGGGAGGUUGUGGCUCUCUGUUCUCUGCACACUCUGAUCCUCACAACAACCUUGUGAGGUGGGCGGGGCAGAGAAAGAGAGAUUCUGCCAAGGGCACCUAUGUUGGAAGGCAGAUUUGAAACCAGGUUUCCUUAGAUUUAGUCCAGCACUCUAGCCGCUAUACCGUACAGCCCAAGGAUGGGACACCUGUGGUCUCGCACUUGUGUUUGGCCUACAGUGCCUACCAUCCCUGGCCAUUGACUAUUCUGGCUGAGGCUGAUGGGAGUUGGAGUCCAACAAAACUUGGGAGGGUCGGAGUUUGCCCAUCUCUGAUAUGACAUGCAGGACAUCUGGUGAAGGCAUCUGAACUUAUUGUUCCCCAGGCUGCAAGUGGAUUUAGAAAGAGGAAAUCCGCAGGCUCUGUGAUCUGCACUGUUUAAAACUUGUGAUGCAGCUGAAACAGAUACGCAGAUCUUUAUUAGCAUGUUGGUACAACUUGAAGUGAUGCGAUGGCCACAAAACCACACAUGUUCUCUCCUUCUCUUCCACUGUUCCUUUUGGCUCCAGGGCAGACCAGUUUGAGUACGUGAUGUAUGGGAAGGUGUACAGGAUCGAGGGAGACGAGACGUCCACAGAGGCCGCCACACGCCUGUAAGUGUUCCUCCUCUUAUUUGCGGAAAGGGCUGGUUGGAAAUGAAUAGGUACAUAAUAACCUUCUCACAAGCUCUCUGAGCGUGGAGUAUAGCUCUUUGAAAUGCUCUAUGGAAGGAGUUAAGCGACUGGAUUGGGGGCAGUGGGGAGUGAAUAGGAACACAGUAGGAAGUCUUUCCCAGGUUGUUGGACGCCUGUCCUAUAGAGCCAAUGGAGCACCGCCCCACCAGUAAUAUGCCCUCAGCCAGCCCCACCUUCCUGGCAUCUAACUUACAGCCAGGCAGGCAGUGGUGUGUCCUGUCAUUGCCUCUGGCGCCACCUGCUGUUGAGCUCCCUGCCUUCCACCCUACCGGACCCACUGAGCACCAGCCGUGGAAAGUGAGGGCCAAGAAGGACGUCCAGCAGAACUGGGGGCAGGAUGGGGACACAGACAUGCAGCCUCUUGUGGGAGUGAGGUCCAUAGUUUAAGUGUUGCAUGAUUCCGCUGGGGUUGUUUUAAGCCCCUGUGGCUGCCGUGGUCUCCCUUCCUGCGUCUCACCUUUCUCUGGCCCACCCUUCCUCCUCUAGCUCUGCCUACGUGUCCUACGGUGGGCUGCUGAUGAGACUCCAGGGAGAUGCCAACAACCUGCAUGGCUUUGAAGUAGACUCCAGGGUUUAUCUCCUGAUGAAGAAACUGGCCUUCUAACCGCCUUGGGAGUUGUCGUGGCAGCAGCUUGGACUCAGUGUGGGGCAGUGUUGGCAUUUGCUGCCUCCCAAGUAUACGGAGGGAAUAUUGCUGGCAUGGGGUGUGUGUGUUAAAAGAAGCAUCUCUCCCCAGCUCCUCUCCUCCUCCUCCUCUUCCUCCUCCUCACAUCCCCCCAGCCAAGCCUCAAGGAAGAUCAUCUUUCUUCGGAUUCUGCCAGGACUGCAGUGUGAAAAUGUAUCCCAAAUGUCCCCUUGGUUGCAGCAGGCAGAGUGCCAGGCCAACUGAGAACAUCCCCUACAACUAAGAUGUUGAAAGGGCUACGGAUUUUCUCUGUGCCUAUGAUAAACUCAUUUUUAUUACACAGGUGAUUGUGGUAAGGACACAGUUCUGUGAGAACCAGCAUUGCCAUCAUAAGCUGGGUUGGGAACGGCCAUCUUCGCUGGGGGCCUGGGGAAGAGGAGGUAGCCUCUGUUUGACCUCAGUUUCUUACCUUAAUUAAAUGUAGCUUUUAUAUAAAUAUAUAUAUUUGGCUGUUGUAUAUACG